AUGAGACUAACACUUGCCUUCUCGGUUUACUUUGCCGUUUCAGCACUGGCUGUGCCAGUGGCUCUACAAAAGAGAGCAUCGCUAGGCGACCCAGAUAUUUUACAGUUCGCUUUAACUUUGGAGCAUCUAGAAAACGCCUUCUACAAACAAGCGCUUUCGACCUGGUCGGUAGACGAAUUUGUACAAGCUAAUUUCACCGAGGACUUCUACUCGCAAUUGAAAUACAUUGCUCAUGACGAGGAGGGCCACGUCCUUUUUCUGGAGAGUGGCCUCAAGGCGGCUGGCGCGUCGCCGGUUGCUGCUUGCUCGUACAACUUCCCAAUGACAGGCCCUAAAGAGUUUGUAGCGCUUGCAGCGACUAUCGAAGGUGUCGGGGUGUCAGCGUAUUUGGGGGCCGCACCCUAUGUGUCGUCGAAAGCAUAUUUAACAGCUGCUGCCUCCAUCCUGGCCACUGAGGCCCUCCACCAAUCGGCAGCCCGCGGGGCUAGCGGAGCGGUGCCCAUGGCCAAUCCAUUUGCCACCCCCAUGGGCGUGAACGCAGUGUAUUCGAUCGCCUCGCAAUUUAUCAGCUCCUGUCCCAGCUCCAACACAGCUUUGCCAGUCAAGGCGUACCCGGGGCUCACUGUCACACAGGGCAUGCCUGUGGCCGCUAACACGUCUGUGACGUUUUCGGUGGACGGCGAACUGCCUCAGUCGCCAAUUUUCGUUACAUUUGUGAGUGGUCUAAACGUGCUUCCCGUCGAGGGCUCUAUCGCCGACGGUAUGCUUUCUGCCGAGGUUCCAGGCAAGGUUUCUGGACAGUCGUACGCCUUUGUGACAUCCGACAAUUCUGGGAACCUGACCGACUCGUCGAUACUAUUCGGGCCUGCCAUUCUGGAAGUUACCGCUUCCAGUCCGACUUUCGAUCUAUCGGUCGUCUAA